AUGACUACAGUUUCUGAGCAGGAGGGACCUGAAAAAUGUGAUUAUGAACAGCAUGAGUCUGAACAUGCUGACUCUGAUAAAGAGGAUCAAAAAGGUUCUAAAGAAUCUGAGUUCAAGGAAACAGCUUCUAGAGCAGAGGACAUCUACAUUGCUGGACUUCAAAAAACUGAUAGAGGGAAUGUGAAGAGGCCAAUUCAGGAGGAAAAGAAGAUUAUCAUGAAAGGGCUGAACAGGUACCCUAAAGUGGAGAAGAAGUUCAAAGAAAGAUUGCCUAAAAAAAAGAAGAAAAAGAGGGAAAAGAAGGGCAAAGAUAAUAGAGAAGAGCCAGACAGUGAGGAAGAAAGGAGAGUGAAAAAGAAGGCCAAGAAGAAGACCGAAAAAGAGGAGUUGAAGAAGGCAAGAUUGGAGUCCCUGGCUAAUACAGAGAAAUAG